AAUGGGUAGUGCGGCCAGUUCGCCCGAAAGCGGGCUUACAAUUGAAAAGACGACUGACAGACCCCUAAGUAGUAAUAUCAGUACAAACUCCAAUAGGAACGUACAUUUGACAAAGCCAAAAAGUUUCGAUAACGAUGGUAAAAAUACAACUUUGAUCCGGACAAGCCAAGUGGCACCCAUUGUUAUAAAGAAUUGUAGAGAGGAAUUUCAGCAUGUAACCGACUUCAAAGAACCACUCGUUUUUGCUAAAAUUGCUGAUAAUCUGAACGAACAUGCUUUGAUCAAGAACCUUUAUUUUAUGGUGCGAGAUAUCCAGGACAAUAUUGACGAAUGUGAUACGAUGAAAGAAUUACUAUCUCCCAAUUUCUUAAAAGUGGAUCUUGAUUAUCCCAUUUACUCUUCUGGUCAGCCAACAAAACAGGGUUUACGAAAGAUUCUCAAUCACAUUCGUAAAGAUAAUAAUCUAGAUGAUCUCCUGCUCAUAAAUCUCAGGACAGAGCCAAUAUUGUUUUUAAAGAAUGGGAAGGACGCAAUACCCUAUUCAAUGAGACGUUUUGAUAAGCCGACAGAUUGCCUUUCAUAUUUGUCAGUUGAUGAUGAACAUUCUAUAAGGAAAGAGGUGAUUGACUUAGCGAGUUUAAGAGAAGAUAACACUUUCUUCUUUUAUGAUAAAACUACCGAUUUAGAAAAGAGCCAUCAAAAGGUUAGCAGGGUCGCCUACGAGGAUGAUUUAUAUACUACAGAUGAAAUCUAUGCAGAUCAUACUUUUAACAAUAAAAGAGGGCAAGUUCGAUAUAUAAGACUUGCUUUUCCUGUGAUCGGGUUUCCAAAAGAAUCAAGUAUCGAUUCUUUUCUCGAUAUUUUUCGAACAAUCCCUAAUUUCUUUGAUGCUUCUUCUUCUUCGAAAUCACCUGCAAUCCUAUUCACCUGCUGGACUGGUUCCGAUCGGUCUACACUUGGAAAGAUAUUGGCUGUUUUACUUAUUUCUCAUAAAACAGGAUUUCCAUUAAAGUUUCCAAAGGAGAAAACUUCAAACGACAACUAUUGGCAUAUACAGCAACUCGUCGAUGUUCUUCCGAAUGGUCAGAGAGUUAAAGAUGAAGUUGAUUGGGCACUUGGAACAUGUAGCAAAUUAUACAAUUUGAAAAAUGCUGCUGAAGCAGCUUCAACAUUGAAUACUUCAGAAGAAGCAAUUAAUAUUGCUUUAUACCAUUUGGAAAGGUACCUCUUCGUGCUAAUUUUUAACGCCUACCUUCAUAGUCAAUAUAGAUGGCAAUUUGGCGAAUCUUUUAGUAGGUGGACUAGACGCCAGUCUAGGUUAUAUGAAAUUCUCAACAGUAUCGAUAUAAGGGAGAAGUUAGUGCCUCCAACUGUGAUUGAGAAUCAUAAACGAGUUUUGCUGAGCGACAACUACAUUGGCUUAGAUGUGUUAGGUGCUGAAGGUGAGUUUUUUACUCCAAACGUUCGUAAACUGCAAAGAUUUCCUAUAUAUGGGAGCGGACAAUGUACGCACAAAGGAUUAAAGCAAAUUAUCAGUAUUCUAAAGGGGGAUAAAUAUAAACAUCCUAAAGUUUUAUUAAUAAAUCUAAGAGAAGAUCCUAUUGUUGAAUGCGAUGGAAAAACCUAUUCAUGGCGCAAUCCAGAAAAUUUACACGAACCUGUUGAUAUUAAAAAUUCAACUGGAACAUUUAUGGAAGAGAUAGAAAUGAGCCUUAAAAAAACGAUUGAACAAGCCAAAACCGUGCGAGUUGUUGACGAUAUUAAAAAGCCCAGCUUGGAAAAAACUUUUGCAGAUGUCAAAACUCCAAGACAAGUGGCGGAAAUGUUUAGUAGGGAUGACUUAGCUUACUAUCGAGCACCAAUUCGAGAUUAUUGCUCUCCAAGGGAACAGGAUUUUGAUUUUCUUUUAACAACUGUUAAUAGCCAUGAGGAAUUUUCAACAGAUGAAGAUGGACCAGCUGUUGUACUCCAAUGUCGAACUGGUAAGGGGAGAACAACAACUGCAAUGGCAAUAACUUGUUUAAUCGUUUGUCAUAAAAGAGGAUUCCCCUACGGCACAAAACCCGGGGAGGAGGAGCGGGUAUCGAUUCCCUGGGCUCAUUUAACAAAAGGAAAUUAUAAAGUAGUUCAGGAACUUUUACGCAAAAUACCCAACGGCCAUCAGAUGAAAAGGGAAGUUGACUUUGUUCUGGAUAGCUGCAGCGAUACAAUGACUCCAAUGCAUUACCACAUGAGGGAGGUGGCCGCCAAAUCCGGCGUUUAUGAUAUUCUUGACAAUUUGAUGAUAAAUGAUUAUGAAACACCUACUUGGGACAACUUUAAGAUCAUGCAGUGUACUAAAUUUGAUCGUAAGAGGAAAAUUCUAGGAUUAUUUGUGAAAUUGAUGAUGAAACGAUUGAAGUUGAUAGCGUUUUUAACAACACUAACAGUUACUGGUGUUAUUGUAGGAAUAUCUACCUUCAAUAAUAUAUUAUCGACAACAUCUCUUCUAAAUCAAAAUUUAAUAACUAAGUUAAUUAUGGGAACUUCGGAUAGAAGAGUUAUGCAUGUCGUUAAACCUUUAAAUCUUUAUUUUCAUGCAGCCUUUUUUGAUGAUCGUGAAAAUUUUAGAAGGCUAAGAAUUUUCGGAAUUCAAAGAAAGGAUUCACUUUACUUAGAGGUUAACUAUUAUUGUAUUCUUGAAGUAGGUCAAGAAGAGAGCCGAGUUCAGGGGAAGAGAUUCGUGAUUGAAACUUGGCCAGCGUGGGGCUUAGCAUAUUCAGUUGAAGUUGAAUGUAAUAUAACUCAAGAAGUUGACAAGGUUCAACUUGAAAUGGUCACAGAAACGAGCGAAGUUUAUGUAGUUCAGAUGCCCAUUGAGAAAGCUGAAAAGCCUGACCCUGCUGAAGGUCAAAAAGACUUGGCAGUUUGUAUAAAAUGCUUACACGGCGAAUUCCCCCCUGAGAGAUUAGUUGAAUGGAUUGAAACUCUUAAAGCGGUGGGGGUUGAGAAAUUUUUCAUCUACGACAGUGGCUUACACGUUUCAUCUAGGUAUGUUUUUGAUUAUUAUCAAAAAGACAUUGAAGUCACAUACUUUCCAUUUACAAAUGCUCUAAUGAGGAUAUCAGAGUUUUCAUACAAUCCGGAUAAUGUUGAAAACUACUCUUUAAUGCAGCAUCUUUACAUUUUAUCAUUAAAUGAUUGUUUGUAUAGGCAUUACAAACAGUAUAAAUUCUUCAUGAUAAUUGAUCUUGAUGAAAUGAUACUACCAACAGAAGGUUUAUCAAUUGUUGAUGUAGUCAAAAGAUUGGCACAUGAGGAUAAGAAAAAUCCUGGAUUUCUCUUUCCGACGUCAUGGCACUUCGAAGAUAUGGGUCCUGUAAAUGAUGAUGUACCUAAUUACUUGUACUUUCAGAAAUACGCUAAAUCUGGUAGCCCAAUAGACAAUCAACCAAAGUCGAUUGUUUCUUCUCAUCUUGCAGAGUUAAUUCAAUGGCAUUGUGUAGUGAAACCCAUCAUUAAGAAUAAUCUAGUACCUUGGAAAAAUUAUGGAUACACCCAUCAUUAUAGGGGGAACUGCACCAAAAAAUUUGAUGCAGCAACCUGUUCCGAUAUGCUAAGAACAGGUUUUGAGAAAGAUUUAACAAUAGUCAAAUAUAAGCAGUUGAUUGCCCAUUCCGUUAAGCACGUCCUACAGCAGCUUCAGUUUAUUGAUAGCUAG